GUGUGAUUUCUGAGGAAACGUCGCAGCCUCAGUUUAACUGUAUUAUCGUCAACAACACACUGAACGUCCUCAGACACUCGCUCUGUGUCUGUGUCUGUGUGGGCGCGUGUGCGUGAGCGCGUCUCCAGCACUUUCACUUUCUAUUCGUCAGAAAAGCCACUGCCUGAGUUUCUGCUCUCUUCGUCCCUGCAGCUGCUGGAGGACGACUCGUCUCCACACAGGACUCACGAUGGACUCCACAUCGUUUGGAGCAGCUUCUUCUAAUCCCACCAGCAGCACAUCAGCGAAGGCCUUUGAUGCUCUGAAAACAUUUUCAACUAUCACAAGCAGAACGGACAAAAUAAAAGCACCAUCUUUCACGUUUGCAGGACUUAACCAGAACGGUGCAGUGAAAGAUGCAGAUUCAAAAGAAAUCUCUGGUGGAAUAAAAGUUACAGAUUCAGUCCAAACUGCUUGUGGCCCAGCGCUCAACGCUGUCAGUGUAACAGAGAGAAAGACAGACACACUUUUUGAUUUCAAAGCAGGUAAAGCCAACUUGGUCUCUCCGUGGAGGGAUGUGCAGUGGACAGAAGAGCGAAGGACCAGCCUGAUGGAGUCCAUCUGCUCCUACUCACCGAGCAGUGGGGAGGUGACUCAUGCCAGGGUUCUCCUCCUGGGCCCCGCCAGGUCCGGAAAGUCCAGCUUCAUCAGUUCAGUCCAGUCAGUGUUUAACGGACGAGUCACCAACCGGGCCAUGGUGGGCUCCUCCUCAACCAGCUUCACCAAAAAGCUGCAGUCGUUCAACAUCUUGGGUCAGAAGAGAGAAGAUCCGACCAGACUGGUGCUGUGUGAUGCUAUGGGUCUGGGGGACGGAGAGAUGACCGGACUGACCCUCCACGACAUCCUGACGGUCAUUAAAGGUCACGUACCUGAGGGACACAAGUUCCGCCCGGACCAGGCAGUGAGAUCAGAGACUGGAAACUACGUGAAGUGGCCGAGCCUAAAAGACAAGAUCCACUGUGUGGCCUUUGUGGUGGACGCCUCUAAUAUGUUGGCGUACUCCAAAGGCCUCAGAGCCACGUUCCAACAGCUCAGGGAGCACAUCAGUGACCUGGGUAUCCACCAGGUGGCUCUGCUGACCCAUGUGGAUGAAGUCUGUCCACAAACAGCCAAAGACGUCUCCGAGAUUUACAAGAGCCUCACGAUACGUGAGAUGAUGCGUAAAGCUGCAGAUCUGUUGGGUAUGUCCACCUCCUACAUCGUCCCGGUGAAGAACUAUUCCUCAGAGCUGGACCUGGACAUGAACACCGACGUGCUGCUCCUCAGCGCCGUCGACCACAUCCUGCAGUACGUCGAUCUGUAUUUCCAGGACAACACACCACAAGGAACAGGGUCAGAGAAGGAAUAAAUAAAUUCCCUUCUCAGCUUUUUGAAAAUAACUUUCAAACAAAGUCAGUUUUAUUGUUCAAAUAAUAAUCUCAGCUUUAAUGUCUUUGAAUUUAAAUCCCAUUUGUGUCGGAUCUGAAUGUGACUGGUUAUAUCACAGCGACACAGUGGGGAUUUGAACAACCUCAGAAUCAUAAGUGUGUAGUAUUGAAUUGUCUCCUGCAAAAACAGUGUUCUCCACUGUCAAAUUGGUGGUUUCAAAAACUUGCUUCAUUCAGCGAUCUCUUGAUGCUUAACAUUUAUUUCAUGUAAUUUGAAUCCAUUAAAUGCAAUCAAUCAUAUCUUUGGUUUGAAAUCAUGUAUAAGUUCACUCCUAAAAGAUUCUGGUCAUAAUAACAUCAUGGUUUGACUAUUUAUUCUAGUUUGUGGGUAGGAUUUGACUCCUCUCCAGCAGUUGGGCUCUUUAUACAUGAAGUAAAGUCACAAGAAAUAUGUUCACACUUGAUUAUGGUAAAUCUUUAACUGGUCACUGGUCGUCAAAUUGUGAAUAUCUAGAGAUGGAAAGGGCAAAUGUGAAUAUUCCAGACACUAAGUUUUUGUAUUCCUGAAAAAAUCCCAACUUUACAUAGACUGACGUUAAUAUUAUUAUUAUUAGUAACCACUUUUUAACUGUUGCUAACAUUAAUAACAAUUUUAACAUUUAUCACUAUUAUUGUCAUUAGAACAACCAGUCUGACUGAAACUGAAUCUGAUUUCAUUAGAACAUCACAUGUUAUAAAGUCCAUUUAGUUUGAAUCUGAAUUCCUUUUUAAAAUCUUAGCUGUUGCAGAAUUGUGUUGAGUCACUCAAUAAAAUCUCAAAGUGCACCAGUGAACUGAAAAACUGGAAUUUAUUAAUGCAGGCCAGACAGAUACUGUACAGCAAACAGCGUUGGAGUCGCACCAGUCGAGGAUCAGGGGCUCCACGUGUAACAGGACUGUGGUUUCACAGUAAAACUGUAAACUCCACACACACAUUCACACCUCUGAUCCAACUCACCGCCUGCUCAUCGUGGAAAUUAACUGGGAAUUGGAGUAGAUUAUAAAUUGGCAGCUGUCCUCUCAGCGACGACAAUCAUCAGUUAAAAAAUAAUUAUGCUCUGUGCUCAGGAUAACUUUUAAACAAACACACACACGUCUUGAAGUUAAAAUAUCAAUUUUGUGUUAGUGCACAUAAAAGACAAGCUGCUCCCUCCGACUUGGCCUUGGUUAACAUGACACUGGUUGUACGACACUGCAAUCGUCACAGGGGGAUGAGGGAAUGUCCUGGAAAUGCAAAACACACGUAGAAUUCAAUGAUAUAUCAUCAGUCAGUCUCCCUUUUCUUGCUUUUAGUGAUAUUAAAGAGAUUUCCUCCGGCAGAGUUGUUCGAUAAGCUCAUUAGCGAGAGGACGGUGGAUGUUGUAUGAAGAUCCAGGUGGACAUGUGUGACACAGGGCAACUGUAGAAAAUGAUAAGCAGCGGGUGUUUCUGUAAGACGAGAUGGAAUGGUGGAUUCAUGUGGCUGGAUCAGGUCGGCACAGAUAAAGACCACUGGUGGACGGAGCAGUGGUGAGAACCUUAUGGCACAGCUGACGCAGCCCUCAGCUUCAGUCAUCAACAGAAAAGGCAGCCAGGUGAAGAAGAAACCAUUUCAACUUCAGCCACUUGUGUUACAUUGGGAAACGCACAUGUACAUACACACACAUCCAAAAACACUCACACAUACACACACGGACGAGGUGUGAGUCCAAACACCGAUUCAAGAAAAGUGGGGAAUAUCCUGUAAGACUGUUGGCAACGACUCUGCAGCUUUGUUAAAACAACUUUUCAUGUAAAACGGAUGUUUUGGUUAAUUGCUGUUUGAAUCCUCCUUUAGAUCAAUGUCACAGGUAAGAAGUGUUUAACUGAAUCUCCUCUAAAAUCAAUGAAGCUGCUUUGAGAUUGUAAUUUAAUUCACAGAGCGUCAGAUUAUUUUGUAUAAUUUCAACAGAACUGUGAGCACAGAGUAACACUGACAAAACUUCACCGUGGACACAGGAGACUCUGGGUUCCAUGUUGUCGUCCUUUCAAGACUCACAACCGUAACAAAGGGAAGAGAAAGUGUUAAUGUGUUUGGUAUUUAUGUGGAGAUGAAUUCUAUACAACAUACUUUUAUCACCAAUUUUACUGCACUAACUUUUAUCUACAGUAAAUUUUGAUGGCCUGUGUGAAGCAGUUAAAACAUCCAGUACAUUAUGUAACAUUACAAAUCAUAACUGAGAGAUCUCCUCAGUGUUUGUUUACCUGUGACUUUUCUGGCCCUGUGGAAGCCAUUUUUCUUUCUGAGGGAAAAACCUGCUUGUGAACGAGGAACGCAAACCUAUAGAAACUAUAAUGGCCGUCAGUGCAACUUAAAAAACAUUUAUGGCGACAAAUAAAGAAAACAAAUAGAACCAGCUUGUUUAUGUUCAAAUUACCACUGUGUCGCUGAAGAUUACUUCCAGGGAGGAGGUUACAUCAUCAUUGGUAUUUGUUAGUGAGCGAGAGCAGGAAUGAGACGGAAAUUAGAUAUUUUUUAAAAAUCUGUUAAAUUUAGAGAUUAUGAUCGUCAAAUCAGUUUUAUGAAAAGUAGCAGGGACAAAUAAAACCGCUGCACAUCACGUCACUUUGUCUCUUCAGCGUUUGGACUCGACCACCUCGAUCACACACUGUGCUUAGACAUCAACAUCGAAAGAGACGACAUUCAAAUUCCAAACAG